AUGGGAAAAGCACAGAAAAAGACUGGAAAAGGUCGUCUCGACAAGUUUUAUAAGCUCGCAAAGGAGCAAGGGUACCGGGCGCGUUCAGCGUUCAAGCUUAUCCAGCUCAACAAAAAGUACAACUUUCUCGAGUCUGCACGAUGCUGUAUCGAUCUUUGUGCUGCUCCUGGAGGUUGGCUCCAGGUCGCGAGCAAGUAUAUGCCGCCAAAUAGUAUCAUCGUGGGAGUUGAUCUUGUCCCAAUCAAGCCAAUUCCACGCGUUACGACGUUUGCAGCGGACAUUACCACGUCAAACUGUCGCUCUCUUCUUCGUGGAGAAUUAAAAGAUUGGAAAGCGGAUGUAGUACUGCACGACGGUGCCCCAAACGUCGGUACAGCGUGGAUACAGGACGCCUACUCGCAAGCAGAACUAGUCCUAAUGAGUCUCCGCCUCGCCGUGGAGUUUCUCAUCAAGGGCGGCACAUUUGUCACCAAAGUCUUCCGCAGUACGGAUUAUAAUAAUCUUAUCUGGGUCUUCCAGCAGCUGUUCGCCAAGGUCGAGGCAACUAAGCCUCCUGCUUCAAGAAAUGUUUCCGCGGAAAUCUUCGUGGUAUGCCGCGAAUUCCACGCACCAAAGUACAUCGAUCCAAAGUUCCUGGACCCUAAACACGUCUUCAAAGAGCUUGCUCCCGAGUCGACAGGAGGUAUCGAUAAAGGCACGUCGGCAAACAACGUUCACGCCAACGUCUUUAUGCCUGACAAAAAACGCCGCAAGCGUGAUGGAUAUGACGAAGGCGACUAUACGCUUUACAAGACGAUCUCUGCAAAAGACUUUGUCUACGGGGACGCUCUUACGCAGCUGGGAACGGCGAACCGGAUUACAUUUGACAAGAAGGACGAGGAAGAGGGCGCCUGGUUGAAGAGCGAGAUUACGACCAAAGAAGUUCUCGCCAACUGUGAGGACCUCAAGGUGCUGGGAAAGGGCGACUUCAAGGCGCUCAUGAAGUGGCGCGCUGCAAUUGGCUUGGACGUCAAAACCAAGCCCGCUGAAGAACUCACAGAGACUGUCGAGGUUGUGGAAGAAGAGGUCGAUGAAGAUGAGCAGAUGCAAGAAGAGCUCGAAAGGCUUAGCAAAGAAGCAGCCGCGAAAGCCAAACGCGACAAACGGCGGGCAAACGAGAAGAAGACAAAGACCAUUCAGCGUAUGCAGCUGCGCAUGGUUGCGCCGAUGGACAUUGGUCAAGAGCUUGUGGACGACUCACUGCAAUAUGGACAAGAGGACAUGUUUGACCUCUCCACGGUGGACAGAAAGCGCAAGACGCUUCUGACCAAAGCUGAUGAGAGCUCUGAUUCAAGUACCGAUUCAGAGGAUGGUGGAGAAAGCACCGAAGAGGAUGGGCUGGACUCCGAUGAGGAGAGGGAAAGACGAAUCGGAGCACUCGAAGACGACCUCGAUGGACUUUACGAGGCCUACAAGGAGAAACGCUCGGAGCGAGACGCCAAGUUUAAAGCCAAACAGGAACGUCAGAAGAACAAGGACCGCGAGGAGACCUGGGGUGGUAUCCGCGAGAAGGACGAAUCUGAUUCCAAUUCGGACACCGAGAGUGUUGGGGAUGGGUGGGAAGGAAUGCAGGCUCGCAAGAUGCAGAACGGAGAUGCAAGUUCAGACAGUGGCUCAAGUGAUGAGGAUGACGACAUGUUACCGCAAGGUACCCAUUCACGCAAGCGAAAGCGGGUCGACAAGAAUGAUGCUGGUCGAGGAGAACUUCUGGAGGACGAGCCUACGAAUCGCAAGCGCGCUAAAAGAUUCGAUGGACCUCUGAUCACCAGACUGAACGCUCCAGAAGAUGCCGUCAAGCCGAGCCGCACCGCGCAACUUUGGUUUCUCAGGACAUUUUCGCCGGCCACCAGCACCCCUUCUCAGUCUGGGAACAAUGACAGAGCCGAGGAAGAGAGCGAACCUGAUUAUGAAGUAGUCCCGCAAGAGGAAGAUGUAACCAUGUGGGAUGUGGACGACGAGGAUGCCGACGCUCAGAAACGGGAGUUUGUCAAGAACUUUGGACUCAACACGGCCGAAGCAAUUACUUUGGCUCAAAAACUUGUCAAUCGGGAGACAACGAGGACUCACCUGAUCAAUGAUGGCUUCAAUCGGCACUCGCUGAAUUCAAAAGAGGGCCUCCCAAGUUGGUUCCUCGAAGACGAGGCAAAGCACUACAAACCGAACAUCCCUAUCACGAAAGAAGCAGUACGCGCAUUGCGUGCCAAGCAGCGUGAACUCGAUGCACGUCCGAUCAAGAAGGUAGCCGAGGCCAAGGCGCGUAAGAAGCUCAAGGCAGCACAGCGACUAGAAAAGGCGAUGAAAAAGGCAGAAGGAGUCAACGCGACAAGUGACAUGACUGAGAAGGAAAAGGCGAGUCAGAUUGAAAAGUUGAUGAAGCGUGGACUCGGCAAGGGCAAGAGGAAGAAGGACGAGGUCAAGCUGGUCGUUGCGAAGGGACCCAAUCGUGGGCUGAAGGGCAGGCCGAAAGGUGUAAAGGGAAGGUACAGAAUGGUGGAUUCCAGGGGCAAAAAAGAGGUUCGUGAUUUCCAUUUUGAGAGCCGGCGUCUUGGAGACGUGCGGUGUUCGCGAGGGCGGAUGCUGAUUCUUGCAAUUCUAGUUGCGAGCACAGAAGAGGCGCGAAAAGGCGGCAAAGCCAAAACGACGGUAGCUAUAAAUGUAAAUUCGAAAUCUCCUGGAGAAAUGAGAAUUUCAUUCCUUCAUGCCCUUGGAGACCUAGAGCAUGGCACGUCCACUAGCUCGGUUUGGUUGAACAAUGUGCGUGUUCACGCUGAAUUGGAGAAAUCGGAUAGAUCCACGCCACGCCCUGGAGUGGCCUUCAAGUUCUAUGAUCCCAGUACAGGAACCAUCUACUAUACAGCAAUUCCUCAGCAAAAUCCACAUUUUCAGUACCAAGUCCCAGUCGUCGGGAACGCCCAUCAUGGGAUGAUGCCCGUUCAGCAGCCUCAAUGUUCGGGAUCCUCUUCCUCAAUGUAUACCUCUUCUCUGCCCAUGGCACAUGGUCACACCUCGCCCACGUACAGCCAAUCCUCUGCGUCGACGCAACUCGGUUCAGGGAGUUCGUCUGCUGGCUCCUCGCGUGCUCCUGAAUACGGUCACCCUCCACAAGUUCCCCGUUUCGCUUAUCGACAGCGCCCCACCGAGAGACUCGGUGGAAUGGGCGCUCAGGCUUCUGUCGAGAGAACGGGUGGAGGUGGGUCGAAUCAUGAUACGCCAAAGCCUAACAGGGAACGCAAAUCAAAGCAGUAG